AACGAAACACCAGAGGUCUCUAGUUGAUUAUCUCGUUCUUAUCAGCAUGCACAAAGUACAAUUACAACUUAACAAUCCUAACCUUAUUUUUUAAUGUGUUAUAUUAGAUGACAAUCGAUCAUAAUUGUGUAUUAUUUCAUUAAAAUAAGAAAAAAAAGAAAGAAAAAAACAAAACAAAAGGCUUCCGACAAAGAAGAAAAAUAAUGAACGUUCAAAUAAGAUUCCCUUACGAGGGUUUAUUACACAAAUAUACAAAUGCAAUGAAAGGAUGGCAAUAUCGUUGGUUUAUACUUAGUCCUGAAACUGGUGAAUUGCAUUAUUAUCUUACUGAAUCUGAGAAAAAUCAACGACCACGUUGUUCCAUAUAUUUAGCUGGAGCAGUAAUAGCACCUAGUGAUGAAGAUUCCAAUACAUUUACAGUUAAUUCUGCCACAGGAGAUAUGAUCAAAUUAAGAGCAACUGAUGCUAGAGCACGACAAGAAUGGGUGGACAAAUUGAGAGCAGUUACAGAAAUGUAUACAAGAGCAAUAGCUAGUAGUCAUCCACCUUUACCUCCAAGAGAACAUUCUACUAAUGCAAGCAGAAAUCCUGUUGCCAAAUUAGAAAUCCUCGAUGCCUUUGCUAAUUGUCAAGAACAAUUAAGAAAAGUUGAAAAACAUAAUGCUGCGUUGGCACAAUCUAUUGAAAAUUCUAGUAUGAAUUUAGAUUCAGAUUUAUUAGUACUUAAAGCUAUGGCUCAUACAACGUUACAUACAUUAAAUCAAUGCCUUAAUAUAUUAUACCAAUGAAAUAAUACUCUUCAAAAGAGAUAUUUAAAAAGAAAAAAAGAAAAAUAAUACUAUAU